UUGUAAUUGCUACUAUUAAGUUUUUCUUUUUGUUUUGGUGAGAUGGAUUAUUGUAUUUCUUGAAAGUUAAAACACCUGAGACUAAAGCAUUAUCUUUUGGCUUUUACCUAGAAAGAAGACAGGAUCUUCUUGAUUGUGAAGAUAUGAGUUCGUUAUGCUACCCUGUUGUAUUACUACCCAAUUAAUUAUUUCCAUUUUUUUGUGUAGAUGUGGAUAAAUCAUACACUGUUGUAUUACUACCCAAUAGUUAGUGAAUUUACCAUUUCAUGUCUUUUACUAUAGUAUGUGGAUCAUGUCAGUAAAGAUUCUCAAGCAAACCACUGCCAAGUUCAUAUAAAUAGUCAAGACAUGCAUAGGUAUCAAGGUUUUGGUUAAUAGUUAUGGUUCUGCAAAGUUGCAGAUGCAAAAUAACCAUUGAAGGAAGGGAUUUGGUGUCUUAAACUUCUAUCAUGAGCAGUAGAGCAAAUAUAUUUUUUUCAGUACCAUAAUCUCUCUCCAAUUUCAUCAGGAGCAUGAAUGUGUUAUAAUUUUUUUUUAGUUUUGGUUUGGUGGAGGGAGAACGGAGCUCGUGGGGGAGUGAAUUAACUAGAGAAGUAGCAAAUAUAGUAUUUGACAUUUUUCUUGGGUAUAAGAUAGUUGCUGUUCGUUGUGCUUUCCGGUUGGCUUGUUGAGCAUGUAGAGAAAAUUGGGACACCAUAUAGCUAUGACCUGCUUCUACCAGGGAAACUCUCAAGGCAUGGAGUUGCAAGGUGGAAAAAGCGUAUUAGUUCCCACGAAGAUAUACUCAACUACGACUCCCACCACAUACAUCAUUCAGCAAACAACAGAAUCCUUUGAUCUCCUACACACACUAUAUGUAAAUCAUGUUGGGUAUUCACAAAUUCUAUAGACAAGUUCAUACAUUGUCUCGUGAAUAUGGCCCUAGCGAGACGUUGAAGAGAAAGGUUGCUGAAUUGAAGGUAAAGAGGAAACGAAAAGAUCCUCGAAAGAAUCAGUUAUUUGUUCAGGUUCCUGAUUCAAGAUCGUUCCUUGAUACUGCUACUAUGCCCAUGAUACUCACUGUUGUUGGGACUGCACUUUUCGCAAAGCUCCUCAUGAUGUAUGAUGACUCAAAGUCGCAAGAUAUGAUUGAGCGAAAAAUAAAGAAUGCGCCUGCUGGUCAAGGAACAGUUAGGAUGCUUACCCGCGAGGAAUGGGAAUCAGUUCAGGAAGUGCGACCAAGAACUCCGUUUGAAUCUAAACUAGCUCGUCCAAAUGCAAAGCUUAGGACAGGGGAGCCUUUGAAGAUGAGUUUCAUCACAGGCUCAUGGGUCUUUCUCCCACAACAUUCCUACCGCGAUCUCUCUAUCAAGGUCAAUCAAGUCCCCUGCUUCAUCUUCUAUUUCACUUCCUAUCAGGAAGAUGUCAAGGAUUGGACAAUAGAUGUUAUAACUGACGCACUAACACGAGCUGAAGAAUGUGCUAAACGAGGAUCAAACUAAGCUUUUAAGUCGAUAAUAGUGGUAACCUAGUUUAACAAUUGCUUCUUAUGUGUACCAGAAAGGCUCUUCAACCUCAGCUGCAAAUUACAACAUACCAUCUUCUACUAUCAAAAGUGGAGAAAUGCUGUUUUUCUCACUAUCCAGCAAUGUCAAAAUUUAUGCUUAGCAGUAUUUACUGUGAAUUAAAGUGUGUAUAUAUACUUUAAUUCACAAAGAUAAUAUUUUCAUUGAAAUUAGAGGCUGUAUGGACUGAAUUUUUCAAUAAAAGAAGAGAAUUUUUAUGGUAAA